UAAUUCUUUACCUACGUGACUUUACCGAUAAAACCUAAGAAUAUGGUUCAUGUAAUAUUUAGUCAGUCUGCCUUUGGACUUUCCAGAUAAAUAUUGCCAACCAUUAUUGUUUUACAAAUAGGCAAACAGCGAACCGGUUUCAAUUUCUCUGAUACCCAUCAGCAACGUUUUCCCUUUAAAAAAAAUUACGGAAAUAUACCGCAUACACAUGUUAGGCUGUGCACUAUGUAAUUAGAUUCUACAAGGGACAGUACAAUUGCAUGCAAUCUUAGCUGAUUAACGACGGUGGCUUUUCUGUCUCUCCUUUCAUGACGGCUUUCUCGAGGUUUUUAAUCGUUUUCGUCAAAGCACAGAAGCCUCCCUCCCCCCUUUCCUUGUAAGGGCAAUUCGACUGCACUGAUGACCCAUCACCUACUAAGGCCAGCGCUUUAUAUUGCUUUUCAAAACGCCAGCAUGGGGUGUACUCUGUUCCCGAACUAUCGGACUUGAGUCCAUGGUACAAGCAAGGUGUUUUUUUUAGUUGUACCCCAGGCAUCAGGAUAAACAGGCAAGAGGAGGUUGCCAUUCCUCUAUGCUCAACUAAUCUCAAAUCUUCUCUCCCUCCUGCUCUUCUUCACGCCAGUUCAAGUGAUGAUGGACGGGUGGCAGUGGCUGCUCGCCUGCGUCGUGUCCCUGGUCGUCCGCUUCGGCUGGGGCUUCCCGGACGAUCCCCUGGUGGCGUGGCGCUGCCUGCUCAAGUGUCUCCCCGUGCUGGCGCUCAUCCCCUUCGCCCGGCAGCGCGGGGGGCCCGCGGGAGGACGCUGCGUCGCCCUCGGACUCGCCGCCUCCGUCGUGGGUGACGUGUGCCUCUUCUACAAGGACACCUACUUCCUGCACGGAGUGGUGGCGUUCGGCCUGGCCCACUGCUGCUACAUCAAAGCGUUCGGUCUGCGCGGCGACCACCUCGUCCUGGGCCUCGUGCUGCUCUCCUGCGCCCUCGCCGCCUUCGCCUUCCUCUACCCGGGCGUGAGCGACGACGCCGUGCUCGCGCCGGCCAUCUUGGCGUACAGCUUGCUCAUCUUCACCAUGGCGUGGCGGGCCUUGGCUCGGCUUUUCGGGGGGCCCGGCUGGGGGGCCUGCGAGCUGAGCGGCGCUUUGGGCGCGGCGCUUUUUGUGGCGUCGGAUCUGACGCUGGCCACGAACCGGUUUCGCUUCGCGGUGCCCCACGCGGCCUUGGUCACGCACGCGACUUACUACGCGGCGCAGCAGCUGAUCGCGCUGUCGGUCAAGCGCGAGCCGUUGACCGGCAAGCAAUGGAAGCUGCCGUAAGAGUCCGUGUGGGACCGCCCCCCCCCCCAAUAGGGUUUCCACCUCUGGGAUACGGCAAAAGCAAUAACAACAACAGAAAAUGUCACGUGCCACGAGAAUGAGAAAGGAUAACCCACGCGUAACUGACCAAAAAAAACGGGACUUGUAUUGAUUUGCCAAAAUGUCCCGGGCAGAUUUCAGAGAUUUCCCCAAGAAAAAAAUGAUCGCUUACAGGAGGCGCGAUCCUGCGAAAAACCAGGACAAGUUGACAAACCCAACAGUGUGACCUCCUUAAACAAACUAAAAAUCUAGCGAUGUUCAGUCCAAUUGAGAGGGGUGAAAGAAAGGUGGGAGGCGAGGGUAGGGAAAGGGGUCUCAGUAGGAGGAAGGUAAGGUUCAUCCCAGUGGCGUAGCGUAGUUGACAUCAGCUCCGGUGCGAGGAAUGGUUGUACCGCGAGCACGCUCGUUAGCCAUGCCGCUCGUUCCCACCCCCAUCACUCUCUCCCCGCUGUCGUCUCGCAAGUUCACUCUCGGCAGAGCUGGCUCGCUCGGAUUCAAAUAAAACCCGUGCCGAAAAACACAACCUUAGCUCUGUGUCUUGCCCCACCUUAUUUUGCUUCUCUAAUUUCUUAACUAUACUGUCCCAUGCCGUCCUCUAAGCUCCCAAUAUCGACCGACCCUCUCUCUACCUUGCUUGCCACCCUGCGCCGAGUCACGUCCCUCCUCCCUUCUUGCUCCCCUUCACUGGAACCAUCUCCCACUGCGACACGCAGAGCAAUCGUCCUCAAUCAUUUGCUUCCAUGCCUCGCUGAAAACAACCCCCAUCUCUUCUGCAUUGGCUAUCCUGUUCCUGCUACUCUCCCUUGCACCAACCCCGCCAGCUACGAUCACUACCCCUGUCACUUCCCCUACCCAUAUCAGUAACCCUAUCACUACCCCUAUUAUCAUUACCCCAACACCUAUCACUACCCCAACCCCUUCUUAACCACUGCCACCUGUCCUGUCACCAUAGCGACACCACCACUUGAAUUAACAAGCCUACACUCUUUUUUAACCGCUGUCAUCUUAGUUACAAUUUUAUAGCGAUUGUAAAGCGCCUCGGACGAAGGCGCUCUCUAAAUCUAUACAAGAUAAGAAAUGUGAACAUGAUGGCACGCCGUGCAUUCCUUUGGUGAUCAGGCUGAGUCUCAAAUCAAAGCACUUGAGAACCCGGUUCCAUCACUAGCGGCUGAAUCCGUAUUCGAACCGAAGAGCUCAUCAGUACCAACACAGCAUCUUUGAGCCCUUAACCACCGGGCCACCUCUGUCAUUUCACUUUUAUUUUUACUUUUGGAGUUUACAAUCGCAUGCAGUGGAAUGGAGCCAGCGAUGAAGUUGGCUACAGCGAGCUUCUGUGCUGUUUACCUCUUGUGGAACGUUGCAUCGGUUUUAAUCGAGUAUCGAUUUAUAAGUGUGAUUUACAUGUCAUGCACAUUAAAUGCAAAUGGUAUGCUCACGUUAAUAGUACAAAGUGAAGUUUAACACGUAGGCUUUCGCGACGAAUAUCAUCAAUAAUACAGGUGUUUUGGGUUAUUACGCCGCUAUUAAAGGAACGAAACUGGUCGACUUCUCCACAAAUCUGGCUGUCGCCUGAUGACGCUAGUUGUAAUUACUGGCGAAAGGUCGUACUCAGAUUGUAAAUGUUGUGGCUUGACUCUCUAGCACACCGGUGUGCUGGACUAGGUUUCUUUUUACGUGACAAACUUUAAUAAUUGGCUGUGUCGGCUGGUGGCGGAUUUAACGACAUUUAUAUAUUUACGCGAUCUAACCCAAAAAAACCUGUAUUAUGGAUUACAAAGUGAAUUUUACUUUUCUACGUAAUAUUUUAAAAUAUUCUACAAACGAGAUUAACAAAAAUAGACAAUACAAAUGACAUGGAAAACAAAACAAAAAUAAUAUUUUAUUGAAUUAACUUCCUUAAUUGAAACAAAGAAUCGGAUCACCAGGAGGUGAAUCUGUAGACCCCUGCUGUUGCUGCCCAUGAAUGAGAUUUAUUUUCACAAAGUGCCCGCCAUCUUGGAUCUCACCAUCGGCCAUCUUGGUGAUCACUUGCCGCCAUUUUGGAUCUCACCGUCGGAAAUCUUGGUGAUCAUCUGUCACCAUCUUGGAUCUCACUGUCGGCCAUUUUGGCGAUCACUUGCCGCCAUCUUGGAUUUCACUGUCGGCCAUCUUUGUGAUCACUUGCCGCCAUCUUGGUGACAAGUUCCCACCAACAAACAGAAUUUGAAAACACAUUUAUUGGUGAUAUUGCCUUGUCAGUGGUGCACAAAUACAAAUCAUGGGAAACUCUAAACAUUCGUCAAUAGCACUGUGGCCUUAAAGUAAAUAAUAUAUAAUAGGCACCAUUAGAGACAAUGGUCGUUCGUAGAAAAUAUAUCCAUAAUUUUAAUAAUCAGUGUAUCUCUUUAUCAAAUUCUAUCAUUUAAUUUUAGAUUUUCUGGAAAAUAUAUUUCAAGUUGAUUUCGAAACAAACUGCUGAAGGUAAAUCUAUUUUUGGAUACUAAAUCACAAUUUACAGAGGAAGAAGAAAAAUAAUGAUGGCAAAGUGAUGCGUGCAAUUUUUAUUUAAGAGAUGGCCAAAUAUGCUGAGGUAAAUUAUGUUUCAAAUUCCUGAAAAAUUCCGAUGGGCCAUAGAUCACUGCUUAGUGAAGGUCCCAUUAUGAGAGCAAUACAUCUUUAACGGUUGCCAAAGUGGAAAUGACGGCAGAGUAGAUUGCGUAAUGGAAUUUAAAAAAAUGGCAUUGCGAGAGAGGUAAUUGCGUAAACUUACCAACUGAGUGGGUCGGUGCUUCAGCCCAAUUAAUUGCACUAUGUUUAAAUUAAUAAGUAAUUUGUAACUCGCGUAAUUGAAUAAGUGAGCAUGUUGUGAGGAAAUAAAUGGCUCUAUUACUUCA